AUGUUGUCUUUACGAGGAGCUGCGGUUCUUAUCUUCUGCUGUGUCCUUCACAUCACAGCCGUCGCAAGCCGUAAGUAACUAUUAUAUAGUUUUAUUUUCUUUAUGGUAAGUGUCGUUAAAACUGAACCAAAGUAAUCUUAGAAGCCAAUCAUAAAAGAAAUAUGAACAAGUAAACCACCUGAAGUGCGAGAAAACGUAAGCGGCUAGUGGAUUGUUUAAGCUUUUCGUCUGAUUGGUUGGGAAUGAGAAUUGAGUUUUGAAGUCGACCAAUCACUGAGCAAAGUCAAACCAUUGCAAUCCAUUAUUACCUUCAACAAUCUAUUGAAAAUUGAUCAUAGCAAAAUAAUCGGAAAAUCACCGCCAUUAGUUAGUAGAAAAAUAUGUACCAUAAAUAAGCUGUUCACAGAACAAUAUCGAAGGCCAGAAUGAAUCGAGAAAGGUUAUGUGUUGAGUAUUAUAUCGCACAUUAUAUAAAAAGAAUCAAAAGACAAAAAAAGCUGUAAUGAGUCGAAGACGCGAUAUAAGAUCAGUCAGGAGCAUGAAAUAAGAUCUCUUGAACCUUGUAGAUUCUGGAUUUUGAUUCUUUUUGACAGUAAACGUUAAUGCUUAAAGUACAUUCAUCUGAAUAACGAGCUCCACUUAAUCCUUUUUCAGUUCAUUCUGCGACAAAGUUUACAAAGACACCUCCAUUCAAAAUAUUUGCAGUUGAGGGAUCUGAUGUCACUUUCCAUUGGGAACUGAGUUUUGGCAAUUUUCAAGACUGGAAAAAGCUCGAACAGAUUAUUUGGGGACAAACAGACGGAAAUGCUCGUAUGAGAGACAAGUAUAUCACAGUAAGGAAGGGGAUUGCAGUGUCCAACCCCGAACUUGAUACUGCCAUUAAAUCCAGAACUGGUUGGAUUGGAAAUGUUACUCAGCAUCGAUGUAAGCUAAUGUUCGUUUUAAGAAAUGUGAGCAAAGCAGAUCAGACCACAUAUGGAUGCACGGUGAUAGUGGGUGGGCUCGAUAGAAGGAGUGGUCCAAUAAAUCUAUUCGUUCAUGGUAAGAGCCAUUACGAGGAAGACUUAAUCACUGUCUGUGUUGCCUUUAAUUUCGCGCUUUUUGAAGUGAAGUGUUUCAGUGCACGUUAAGCUUUAUGUCAUCUCAGUUCAGUAAUAUUUUUCAAUGUAAAAAAAAAAACACCUUAACUCUGAGGACGACUUUUGAAACGUUAUUUCGGUGCGAUAUAAAAUAAUAUAACAGGCAAUAACAAACUAACAUGCUCUAGGAUGACCGAGAGUGGAGAAGAUCAUUACGGAUUGUAAAUGAUGUACAGGAACAGGCUUAGCCAGACAUAACAAGACUCAUAACACAUAACAUGAUCCUUUUAAGUCAAGGCCUAAGUUCCUUCCUUCGAAUGGUAAUUUAGCUUGUCAAAGCCCAAAAAUGUCAUAACAUUCCACUUACACGAAUCUUUUUAAUUGUAAUUCUUUCCUUCUCACUUCAAAGAUCCUAUCCCACCAAAAUUUACCCGUCGAUCGAAUGCGAACGUAAAGGCCGAUGAGGAAGAUGACCUACGAUUGCACUGCAACGCAAGUGGUGACCCCAGACCCAGUAUCACUUGGAGUAAAGAUGGAACUCCUCUUCAGAACAGCAGUUCAUCUGCUGUGCUUCAAAUUCCAAAUUUACAACAAAGAGAUGCUGGUAAUUAUACCUGCACCGCGAAAAACCGAGCUGGGUCUGUGUCUCACAGCAUGGUAGUUAGAGUUGUGCGAUGUAAGUAGAGAAACACUUUUUUUGUCAUGUUACUUUUCAAAAUGUGAGACCAAUCUCAAUCUUUGCUAGAACCUUUCAAAACCAAUGAUCAAACCAUAAUGUCGCAAUGACUGGAAAAAAAGAACAUAUUUCAGCUAAAUCGUCGUUAACUUAUGGAAAAGAAGUGACACGGAGAGUCAGUUAUUAAAGGUUCAAAUUGAGAAACCCUGACGAGGGCGUUCAAAAAUUAAACAUACCAUCGUGGCACGUGAAGACAGCCACACGAAUGUGGCAAACUCUCAGAUGUAACUCACAGAUAAAUCCCAAGACACAGUACCAAUUGAAAACUUUUCCUCCCUACCCUAUGUUCAGAUAAGCCUCGCAUCAACAAAACAGCUUCUUCAAAGCCAUUACUCCAAUCAUGGAUUGGGAAGGUGACCACCCUGAGGUGCUCUGCAGAUGCUGAGCCUCUGGCAAACUUUACUUGGUUCAAAGAUGGCCAACGGAUUGUGCAUGGUGUGAACUCUGCGCAUAACAUGGGCACGCUAACGCUGAGACCUAAGACUGCGGGCGAUUUUGGUUCGUAUUCCUGUAGAGCGACAAACAUCAAAGGAGCUGCCUGGUAUCAUAUGGGAAUAUUUCAAAUUUGUAAGUAAAAUGCAACAGUUUCUUUUGAGAUGCUUAUGAAAAAUGUUCAAAAUUCGUGUUUUGCGAAUAGGAUUGAAAGAGAGACUGGGCAUCUUUUUUUAGCUACUUUUUCCUCGUGAUUGAAAAAGCAAGGAGGAUGGCUUGUUGAUUCGAUGAAGUGAUAGAUCUGUGAUAGUUUAUAAGAGUGCAUUGAUUGAUUCUUAAGUAUGUGUAAAACUGGUAAGAUUUCUUUUUCAUAAAACUUCUGAUUUCUUUUUAUUUCAGAUGCACCCAGUCCGCCUAUCAUAUACCAAGUGACACCGGACGUGCUUAAAUUCGACAUCACAUGGAAUAUGACAAAAGUCAAAAAUAGCAGCCGCAUAAUAGAGUUUAUGAUUACCCUGCUUGAUGCAAACAGACAUGUGCUUCAGACACAUAGUGGAAUUAAGGGAACAUUCUUCACUCUUAAAAAUUUGCAACAAAACCGAACAUACAUAUUGAUGCUACAAGCAAGAAAUAUUGCCGGUUAUGGACAAGCCGCGAAUGUCACUGUUAAAACACUUGAAGCAGGUAAAGCUCCAUAGAACCAUUCGCGACUUAUCUGUCAGUGCGUUGUUAGUUUGACAUUUUUCUGUCUUGAUCGUUCGCUUAUGCAUGAGGUAACUGGUCCAUCCAUUGUUUGGCUGUUUAUUUGCUUCGAUCGCACACAUCAUAUGGUGAUUUUGUUUUUUCUCAUUCAUUACCAUCUCAUUUCAUUACCAUCUCAUUUCAUUACCAUUCCGACAGUUAUUCAUUGACUCCGUGAGUCAGUCAUUCAAACGGUUAGUCAAACAGCUUUUCAGCUAAUCAUUUCAUCAGUCGGCCAGUCGGUCCAUCAGACAGUCAUUUAGCCAGCCUCUCGCUCGGUCGGCUAGUCAGUUAGACAGUCGGCCAGUCGGUCACUGAUUAUCUACUGUCUGUAAAUAUUACUCAUCGUCCAUUAUUAUACAUCAUCAAUUUAAUUCUUUUAGAUCCACCCAAGCCCCCCAAAGUCGUGGUGGUGCCAAAUGUACUGUCGUUAAACGUAACCUGGUUUUCAUCAAUUGAAGACAACAGCAUCAAGAUUUAUGAUUACCUCGUAAAAGUUGUAGACUAUGUUUCAAAUACACUGGUACAGGAAUACAAGAAAGUAAAGGAAACAUCGUUGGUGAUAAACAAAUUGAUGAAAAACAGGACUUAUUUUGUGGCAAUACAAGCACGAAACGAGGUCGGUUAUGGAAAGCCAUCCAAUGUCAGUGCCACGACUCUACUGGCAGGUACAAUAAAAACCGUUUUACGCAUGUCCAUAGAUGCCUCCCUCUCAAACGAUGGGCACCUCUUUUGGCUUCAUUUCCUCCCUUACUUUCAACUUUCUAAAAUCCUGUUUAUCUUUCAAGUUUCACAACCUAUGAGUAAAUCCACGAUUGUCCAAAUUGCUAAAAUUUGCAUCUAUGUACAGAUGUUCAAUUUCUCAUCAACCGCUCUUUUUCCCUCAUCAAUUUGUUUUGUGUUAGGGCCACCGGAUGCACCAUUAGUAACAAACAUCAGUGUUAGUGGAAAACAAUGCUCACUGCAAUGGAGGGAGCCUUAUAAUGGACAAAGCGCCAUUUUAAAGUACACUGUUUAUGUUUGGGGGUUUAUGGCAAGACUUGAAUCAUACACUAAGGAAAGGUUAGGCUUGUGGAAUACCACCAACCUGAGUUACACCCUAGAACUUGACUGGGACAAAAUGUACUGGAUGGCUGUGUCGGCAUGGAACAAAUAUGGCGAAAGUUUCCCCCUGUUGCGAAGGAAAUUUAGAACCGAAAAAAAUCCUAAAGGUAAUUAAAGUUUUUAUCCUACUCAAGUGCCACGUUGUAAGAUGCGCCUUUUACAAAUUCAAGAAAAAAAACCGUUUGUAUUCUUCUAUUCCGUCAUUAAGAUCGAUUCUAAAUUUGUAAACAUUUUUAGCAAAUUCGUCUCGUAGAUGUUUCUUUGACUUUCGUAUUCGUGUUGUUUGUGUUCUUUAGCGCAAAUUUCGACAAAGAUGCCCACGGUACCCACUUCAAGUUUAACCCUCCUAUCUAGUAAAAAACAAGGUAAGUUUUAACGGGAAUGACUUAAUCGAUAAUUAACAUCAGAAUGCAUAUUCUCUAUACUGUGCUCUCUAUAUUUCCUGAGGUGCUGACAAGGAGAAUUUGUUUGACGAUUAAGAGCUUCGUUUGUUUGCGGUUAAUUCUCUCACUACCGUGAUCCAAAUGAGUGAUUCGGCAUUAUUACUGUAAGGAGAAAUUAGAUGCUGGUCACCCUUAGGGUUCAAAGUCUUAACAAGAAGGAAAUAUCUCCAAUGUAAACAUGGAAAGAGAAAACAUUCAGUUUUGUUGAAUUAAAGAACUGAUUAAUCCUGAUUUUUCGUUCAAUUAUGCAGAAUCGACCGUCGCGAAAAGGAAAACCGAAAAACUUCCAACAGAACUGCCUACUGCCAGACAAGGUAGGUAUCAAUUGUCAAGCAUAAGACUUACGGAAACAAAAGAGGUAUUUGCGCGUUAAUGCAGUAGGAAUGGAUGACAAGAAAAAAAAUUUCAGUGUACUUCUACACAAAGCAAAUGUAGUAUACAUUUGCGCAGAAAAUCUACAUGUUGCCUUUUACCGAUAUUGAUAUAUAAACAUUAUCAGGAAAUUUCCAAUGCUUUGUAUGCAACUAAUAAGAAUUUGAAGGAAUUAGGAAUUUGCAACGUAAUCUGAUGCAACGCUCACAUAACUUUCAUGUUUUCCAAAUAUGUUCUAGAUUGUGACAUUUUAUGUGUUUGCACUCUACUCAACAGCUGAAACCAGUGAAAACAGAACAGGCAUAUUUUCCUUUUACGCACCAAUAUGGUUCGUCGCGCUGGCAUUUGUAACACCUAUUUUCGUGUUCGUGGUUUGGAAAAUCACCAGAAGAAGUAAGUUAUUCGGAAAUUUACGAAUGACCGGCUGAAUCAUCUAAUUAAUAAGCUCAACUUAGUCAUACUCUGUACAAAGGAAUGGCACACUAAGGUAUAGAAGUCUGGGUAAAAGAGAAUAUCUUGAACUCAGACUACUAAACACAACUUUUAAACACCGCGCGCACCAAAUGUCAAAGUACCGAUGUUUUUUUCAUGAAGAAAACGACCAAGAAUUAAGCUCCAAAGAAAGUUCGCACACUGCUGCGUCACAAGUUGUUCAAAUACGUUCGAACCACAGCCGAUAAUUGUCGUCGCGGAUUUUCAAGUCUAAAACAACAACAACAACAACUUGACGCAUUCGUACAAAAAAGUGCCACCAUGCUUUCGAAUAAAGCUUAAUAACAGAUAGAACUUUUCGGGAGAUACAUAAGCCUUUAAAAUAUGUACAAUGUUACAUACCUUAGGUCCCUUUCUUAGGUUUUUUUUCUUUCUUCUGGUAGCAAACAUUAUACAUGUAGAACCUUCCUGAAGAUCAAAGUUGGCAACUGUCGGAACGAACCAGUGUGCUAUCACCAUACGUCAAUGAAAAUAACAUUUCUAGGGCUUCAAAAAGCAUUAUUUGAAACGUGUGGACCAUAACAAGCUUAAAAAUUUUCCCAUUAACACGACAUUACGCGAGAACGUAAUUACAACAACGCGAAUUCGUCCAACUGAAACAGCCACAGUUAGUACAAAGGUUUAAUUCAAUUUCUGAUUCAGCGAACAAAGUUCAAAUUUGACAAGCGUGCAGGCAGGCGUGUUUGAAUCGUGCGAUUUGACGUCAUCGUGAAACCCAACAAAAUUCUUUCACGCUAGGUGCAUUAGAGAAUCUUAAAACUACGAAAAUGACUGUUGGCGAGCAUCCGUAUUAAAGUUUGCUAGUUUUUAAAGAUAUAGUUUAAAAUCACCCGAACUGAUAAGCUUACAAAGCAGCCCGUGAUAAAAUUUAUACAGAGGUCACUUUUUUCAAGGUAUUUGUCUCCAUUUGUUUAUAAAACUGUUUGAUUUCUUGGACAAAGAAACAGGAAACUUUCACAUCAGUGAAAUUAUUUGAGGAAUUCAACGGAGAAAUUACUUGUGAAGAAGCAUACCAACUCUAUUAUUUAUUACUUGAAAGACAUUUAUACUGAGCCAUUUUAGAUAACUUCCUGUCAGAAGUCUGUAUCACUCGUCCUGACCUUUGUUCAAGUAAAUGAAACCACUAAUAGCGGCCCACGCGUUUCUCCAGUCGUCAAAUUAGCGCUCCAACAACUCAUAUUACCCCAAAAAGUGGAAAUGCAAUAAGUAAACCACUGAAUUAGUUUAUUAGAGUUAAUAGCACUGUAGCAUUUUAGAUUUACUAGGUCCAUACCCCUUAUCUAUCAUUGAAAAAAAUUACCUUCAUGAUCUCAUUUUAGAAAUCAAGGUUCAUUUUUUUCUGAUAUCAACUUAUCAAUAAAUUUAUCUUUUCAGUUAUCGUCAAGCAUUGUUCCAAAAGCAGUGGUGAUAGCGAUAAGCAAACAGAAAUUGAAAGGUGAGCGUUCGUGAAGGUUCUAAUAUUUCUUCGAUUGCUGAUCACCGCAACAGAUGCGUUAUGUUUAAAGAAACAUUUCUAAGAUACCAAACAGGUUUUAAACAUAACUUGUUUUCUACUGUAUUUUACUGGAAAUUUAGCAACGUUUAAUCAUCGACUAAGCCAAAGUGUUUUAAAUUUAUUUAUCUAUUCACUUAUCAUCGCCUUUUGUUUGAACAAUUCAUCUGUAUUUCCUUACAGCGAUGUUGACAGUGAACUGGGUAAUCCUUCUUAUCUUGCGAGUAUGGUGGAGCUAAAAGAAACAUCGGUAAAUACUUUUCUUAUAUUAGACAAUUAAAUUAACUGUUCUUUGUAUGGUAAAGUUAUCAAAAAGACAAUUCUUAGAACAAUUUACAGACUACUUGACGAAAGAACUUUCGCACCUUAGACAAGCAAAGUCUUAGAAAGGACUGAGAGUCUGUCAAUUAAUUAUUUAAGAUAGCAAUUACAUUUCGUUACUUUGACGUCAAAUGGAAAUGCCACCAUUAACACUGACGCAGAAAUAUUUUAAUUAUCAAAAGCUGUCAUACACUUUUUGGUAUAAAGAUUGACAGUCAACUAUGCUCAAGCAAACAAUCGCAUGCCCUAUACCAGUUCUUGAUCAAAUCCAUUUUGAUUUUGCAGGUUUUGAAUGAAUAUGAAUCCAUAACGGACAUCUUUCAGAAGAACUUGAACCUUGGAUACUCGAUGGAGGAUGAGAAACCCAGAUACAGCAGAAACCCUGUGACACAUGAUUACUGCUAUGUUUCAGAGGAGUCUUCGGUGUAUAGCCAUCUUAAUGACAUACCCACCGGCCGAGGCUCAAAAAGCCUCAAAAGCUCGAAACGCUCGUUUCCAGAUGACAAGCUGGGACACGACAAUGGACACUUGACAACUGGAUUAGGGAUGUUUGACAUGCAAAUGUACUCGCAUCUUACUCACGGCGAACCGCCUACAAUUGGAGUUAAAAGAUGUAUCUUGCCAGAAACAAGUUUCAUUCUUCCUCCAUCGCAGAAAUGGGAAAUUUCUAGGGACAGACUUAGAAUUGAAAACACCGUCGGCCGAGGGGAGUUUGGGCUUGUCAAAAAGGGUUACGCACUGGAUGUCACAGAGGAAGGAGGUUGGGCGAUAGUCGCAGUUAAGACAGUAAAAGGUAAGUGACCUUAAACUAACAUAGCGACAGCGGAUCAAUAUCAGUAUCUGGGAAACUGCCCACCUACCCCUCCCCUAACUCAACAACAGUCAAUUGACAACAAGUUAAGGUUACUGUUGGGUUAGGGAGGGGGUAGGUGGGCAGUUGCCCAGAUACUGAUAUUGAUCCGCGACUGCUUCAAAACACGAAUAGUUGCAUAAAUAAUUGAUUUGAAUUUUUAUUUGAAACUGAAAUAUCAGCUCGAUAAGUUUAAUCUUAGAAUGUCUGUUUUUGUACAUAUAAUUCCUCAAUCGCAGCGUUUAUCUAACGUUGCUACGUAAAAAAAGUUUUAAAAAAGAAUUAAUUGUCGUACUUUUUAAGGACUUUACAGAUUGAGGAAUUUACAAUAAGAACAUCUUCUUAUUUCCAGAAAAUUCAAAUGGAUCACAACGCGAAGAUUUGCUAUCAGAACUAAAGGUGAUGAAGGAACUAUUAUCACAUAAACACGUGGUACAACUUCUGGCUUGCGUCACAAAAUCUGGUGAGAAAUCUUCCCUCUAUUAUUGCAAUAACAUUAACACUUUAACUCCCAAGAUCUCAUUAGUAAUUCUCCUUACUGUCUGCCAUACGGUUCUUGUGACGUUGGUUUGGGGAACUUGGUAUUGGAUCAACUUAUAAAUCUCUGAUUUAUUUCUUUAUUCUCAAUAUUGUAUUGAUAUUGUAAGGAGAAAUUCUGUCUUGGUCACGCAUGGGGAUUAAAGGGUUAACAGAUGUUGUCAGUCCAUUAAGAGUCACCCACUCUCAGAAAAACAAAUGAUAUUUAAGCCCCCUAAAUUUAGCAUUUCUUUCAACAUAAUUGAGAUUCUCACUCUAUUUUUGGUGUUAUUACAAUAUCUGAUUUCCAUCUUAUUGCGAAUCUUUCCAUUGCUGUUUCUCAGAGCCAUUAUGUGUCAUCACUGAAUAUGCCCCUUACGGUGAUCUACUGGGCUUCUUGAGAAAGAAACGAGGUUUAAGGGAUGAUUACUACGACAUACAACAACUCCCCGAAAGAAGCCUUACAUCACAGCUGUUGAUGAAAUUUGCCUGGGAGAUUGCCGAUGGAAUGGCACAUCUCAGCGCGGCAAAGGUAAGAUUUUCUGACUGGAGUUCGAGCGCAUCACAUAACGUGGCACUAUUUCAAGUCCAAACGCAACCCAGAACCAAAUCUAUGUUGAAACGAAGAACAAACGUGGAGCAAGUGAAGGUUUUAAGUUUGUGGGUUGGAAAGAAGAAUGGUGUAAACCUAGAACUCAGAGACAAAAAAUACUUUUAUUGAUAUUUUUAACGAUCUUGACAUCUGCUUAAAUUGGCACUUAUCAACUUUAGCACUCUCUACCAAAUUAUCCAAUCAUAAUCGCUACAAAUCUAUUUAUAGAUUAUCCAUCGUGACCUGGCAGCGAGGAACGUCCUUUUGGGGGAAAAUUUGACGUGUAAAGUCACAGAUUUUGGGAUGGCGCGAAACACGCGCAGCAAAGAUAUUUACGAAAGGACGUCGGAGGUAAGAAACAGUAACCUUGUAGAAAUGAAACAAAUUAAAAUAGAAAUGCAUAACUAUUCAUUUAUAUAUAUAUUUAUACUGAUUUAUCGGUUUUUUUCAGGGUCGCCUACCUUUAAAAUGGACAGCACUUGAAUCCUUGGAGCACGGACGUUACACUACGAAAAGCGAUGUGUAAGUAAAUUGUUCCCUGCUUCAUCGUAAUGAGGCACCAAGCGAUUAUAAAUUCUUGUUGGAAACUGCAGAAUCAAUUUUUCAAACUGGAAAUUUUAUUUCUUUGACAUACCUCUUAUGAUAAAGAAACACUUGUUUGGGCUCAAUAUUUUAAAUUUUUUUGGGAAAUGGUUUUAGACAUUCUCCAGUUGGUGUAAACUAAAAAAAAAACAAUUUUACUCACGUUUAUCGUUAUAUUUCAUCUUUAGAUGGAGCUUUGGAGUGGUCCUGUAUGAAAUAUUCACUAUUGGUAAGAUUUAAUUGUUCCUUAUUUGGUGUUGAUUCAAUAUACUUAAAUAGCAUUUCUUCCGCAAGAUAUACAUCUAAUUUUUUAUUUAUUUCAUUGUUUGAUCUAUCUUUUCUUUGCUCCACCCUUCAUUCAUUCAUUUAUCGUCCCAGCUUUCCCCCCCCUCCCCUCCCCCCCUCCCCAAUAUAAUCUGGUACCAAGCAGAAUUCAAGGAAACCUGGCGAGGUGCAGGGGGGUUAUCUAAUGAACCAAUAUCCUAUUCAAGGGGGUAGAGUAGCAUCAUUUUUUUUUGUAUUCAAUACAGUGGAAACUGUGAAUUGCUCUGACGUUGUGAGCGGGUUUACACAUAUGCAGGAUUACCUUAUUCAUCUCUUGUCUUUUGCCUCCUUUAAGGUGGUGCUCCUUAUCCUGGUGUGAACGUUUCCGAGCUGACAAGAAAGUUAAAAAGUGGCUACAGAAUGGAGAAACCAAAUCAUGUACACAAUAAAUUGUGAGUAUUAAUUUCGGUAACCUGUUAUUCGAUGAAAUGUUUAUCUAAAAUUUCUAAACUGCAUGGAUACUUGACCAAGGCCGUCGACCCAGGCCGGCAUAGCUGCCCUCAGUAUCUCGCGUUCUGCCUCUAAUUGCUAACUACGACGCAUGUUAUUUUUUUCAGGUACGACCUCAUGCGAUCCUGUUGGAAUAAAGAUCCGGAUAAGCGACUCACGUUUUCGCAACUUAACAAGACUUUGAACCAAUUGGACAGGGAGAUUCAGGUAAAUUAUUUAAACAAGCUUGAACAGAGGGAAAUUAUCAUGAACUUAACUUGUAUCAAGUAUGAAAAUAAAUCCACAUCAUCAACCAAAAACAAACAACAUACACAUUAUUAAAAAAAGUAAAAGAAGUAAACUGAAAGAUGAAUUAUUAACAUUGAAUAAAGAUAUAGGAUAUUAAAAGGACGUAAAGGUUGAUCAUAAGUAAGAUCAGGUGUGUAUUACGGUUUAUCUACGAGAUGAAUAUCAAUACUAUUUGAAAAGUCAGUAAACUAUAGUGAUUAAAUUUAUGUCUUUCUCUUUUUUUUCCAGAAGUGCAUCAAUCUGAGAGCGUAUAAUGGCAAACUUUAUGAGAACUUCCAAGUUUUUAAAAAAUAGACCGUAGCAAGUAAGAGUUGCUGUCAGGGCAAAAUUUUUUUGCCCGGAAUAAAGUACAAAUAAUAUUUAUUUUCUCCGUAUUCCCAAUUGAGGAGUUCUUAAAUUGAGUUAGGAAAACUGUAGAGGUGUAAUGGAAGGCGAAUUAAUCAUGACGAUCGACGAUGUCUUCCUCGUAGACACGGUAGAGUAAACUGGUCAUGAAAGUCGGCAAAAUCAAGGGUAAAAAAAUAGUGCUACAGUUCAGCUUGGGUGUUCUUCAUGGUGACUAAUUUUUUUUCUGUGUCUUUACACAAUGUGACUUAAGCAUUAGUGAAACUUUCCAUUGAACAGGUAGUUCAAAUCAUUGAUAAGAUUUGCGCGGGCUGGUGCAAAAAACCGUUAAAAAAAACACAGAGAAAAGAAAUCUGUCGUUUUUUCAUAACCGGUUGUGCUUUACAACCUUUAGUAUAGAUUGAAUUGUAGGUCAAUAGUAAAGUACUAAUUACGCUCGAUGUAGCUUUAAACAUUUUAUUUUUUAAAUUUCACGAUGGAAUUUUUUAGUGCAUUGUAGUGAAACACUUAGAAUUUCAAUGAGAUCAAUAUAUUUGUUUGUUUGAUCAAAAAAGACCCAUGGUUCAUACCAUGGACCUCCACAAAUGAAAAUGAAGAACUUUCCAUCACAAUACCUGGUUAUCCACGUUUAUUUAACGUAGCAUAUUUCCAUGCGUUUAUAAUUUCUCCCUCCAUAAAAGUCAUAAAACCCUCGUGUAGAGACCACAUUAAAAAAUUACGUUCAUUCUGUGUAUAUAGGUAUGCUUCAGAGGAAUGUAAUAUAAAUACUUCGGGUAAGGGACUCGGUGCAGUGAUUAUUUUCCACGGUUGUGGUUAUUGUAAGUUAUUCAUAUACAGUAGAUAAUGGAGAUCUGUAUAUUUA